AUGCGCAUGGAGGAAGAAGCUCGGCUCGGAACCACAGCGGCGCGGCGUGAGGCGAGACGCAGGCGGCUGAUGGCCUGUGAAGCUGGUCUACGCCGAGCUCUUGGGGACAGGGAGGGGGCCAGGCCCGUACCGUGGAGGGAUCGCGAGGCGGCAUCCCGCCCAACCCUGAGAGCGGCGGCAGCGGGAAGGAGAGUCUGUGGCAGCUCUCGUCUCCGCCGCAACGUGGCGCGGCAUGCUGCUCAGCCGCCUCCUUGCGGGUUUGCGAGGGCCGCGAGGGCGGACCUCGCGCGGGCGGCUGCGGGGCCACGUCUGGCGGCCUUUGGCGGGGGCGCGUCUGGACCCGUGUGCGAGGCGGUGGAGGUGCAGAGCCAAGAAGCAGGCGGUGACGCGGGCAGUGUGCUGCAGCCCACCGCGGUGGCGUGGCAGCCGCUCGCGGUGCGCCCGUUCUAG